GAUUUCCUUUAACCUUUAACAGCUGUUUUUCGAGCAAUUUGAUUUGAUAACCUAAACGAAAAUAUUAAAUUUGAAAAAUAUCUAAAAAAAUAACAAAAAACUGCUGCAUAUAAGACGUGCAUGAUUUUAUCGAGAUUAAAUAGUGCGUUUCCGAAGUCAAAGAAAUAAAUUGAUACACAGAAAAAAGAAUUGUGUAUUGAAAACAUAUGUAACUAUUUUCCACAUAAUUGCAAGGCACACAAUAUUUUUAUCAAAAUGAUGCGUGGACCGAGAAUUGUGUGCCUAAGUAAAUGGUAUCACAGAGAACGAUCAUGUAUAUCUAUUGCGAAGCGACUUUACGUGAAUGAAGUGGUAUCUGGUAAAUCCACACUUCCCUCGAUGCAGAAAUUCAGUGUUGCCCGAACUGCGUUCGAUAAUAGUCAGGAAAACAAAGCGACAAACCCAAAUAGCUCGAGUCCAACACAAAACAAUGAGCCCAACAAAAGCCGGGAAGGCUUGGAACGCGCCUACAGUGUGCUACAAAGUACUCUGCCCAAGCUGUUUGUGGAACCGCUAGACUACUCCAUCUACAGUCCAAACCUCAUUUUUGAAAAUAACAUUACCGGCAAACACACGGUUGGCCUUUAUCACUAUGUUAAACAGAUUGCCAUUCUGCGCACAGUGGGUCAUUUGAAAUAUGCCUAUGUUAAAUUCGAGGUACUUAAAAUCACGAAGCAUCCAGAAGAUGAAACAAUUCGGAUUAGAUGGCGUGUAAGAGGUAUUUCUGGAUUAAAGGUUAUGUUUCAGUUCUGGAAAUACAAAGUAUGGCAGUUAAAAGAAGUGCUUAAAGACCAAGAGGCUUGGUACGAUGGAUACUCCGUUUGCUUCUUGGGCCAAGAUGGACUAAUUCACAAGCAUGUCGUGGAUAAAGUAAUGCCGGAUGAGAAUCGCGAGGUAAACGAAAGCAGCACCACUUCAACGCUGCCAACGGGCUCCUUGGCGGCAACGGCCUCACAAAAAAAUUGGGUUUCAGUAACCGCAUAGAAAAGCCAUUGUAUUUAUGUGGCCGCUAUUUGCUUAAACAAGAAUAAAUUUAUAAAAUUGUUAAUGUUUCACGCAAUAAUAUAUAAACUAGA